AUGCCGUUGCGUCCUCGGGCUUCCUCCCAGCCCGGGAGAGUCGGCACCUUCCUCAGUCCUAAAGUGGCCUCGGCGCUGCGACCCCGCGCCCUUUCCUCGCGCUCCAAGUCCGCUUUGGAGGACGAGCUCUCGUGCCCCGUGUGUUGCGAGAUCUUCACCGAUCCCGUGGUGCUCAAGUGCAGCCACAGUUUCUGCAGGAUCUGCCUGCAGCAGUUCUGGAACAAAAAGGCAGCUAAGCGGGAAUGCCCAGUAUGUCGGAGGAAGUGCUCGCUGACGGAACCCACCGUGAGCCUGGCCCUGAAGAACGUUUGCGAUGCCAUCCUGAAGGAGCAGAAGGGAGAGACCUCCGGGGGGACUGAUUCAUUGGCAGCUGCUAAUGGCGCUGCCAAAACGGAGAUCCUGUGUCCUACUCACGGAGAACAGCUCAAGCUUUUCUGUCAGGAUGAUGAAGAGGUUUUGUGCUGCGUGUGUCAAACGUCCAAGCGGCACCAGGGCCACCGGAUCUGUCCAGUGGAAGAGGCUGCACAGGACCUCAAGGAAGAACUAAAAAGGGACGUGGUGCCGCUAAAGAAGAGUCUUCGUAGCCUGUAUGAGGCUAAGCAGGAGUGUGAUGACAUAACUGUACAUAUCAAGAACCAAAGGCAACAAACAGAAAAACAAAUACGAGAGCAGUUUCAGGAGCUAUAUCAGUUCCUUCAGAGGGAGGAGGCCUCGAGAAUUGCUCUGUUGGUGGAGGAGGAGGAGCAGAAAAAGCAGUUAAUGAAGAAAAAGGCGGACGGCAUAACCCGCGAUAUUCUCAUACUCUCACAUGCAGUUAUUGCCAUUGAAAAUGAGAUUGCCAGCAGUGAUACUCUCUUCCUGGAGAACUACAAGAACACCAAAAGGAGGGGUCAGAUUACACAGCAGGAGCAUGAGAAGGUUCCGGGAGCACUGAUCAAUGUCGCCCAGCACAUCAACUCUUUGAAGUUUAGAGUCUGGGAGAAAAUACAAGGCAUUGUUCAAUACACUCCGGUGACGCUGGACCCCAACACAGCCUACCCUUGGCUCUCUCUGUCUGAGGAUUUGACUAGCGUGAGAAACAGCGGGGCCAUGCGGCAGCUACCCGACAACCCCGAACGUUUCGACCACUUUGUGUUUGUGCUGGGCUCUGAGGGCUUUGCCUCGGGACAGCAUGCCUGGGAAGUGGAGGUGGGCGAAAAUAACGACUGGGUGAUUGGCGUAGUGAAGGAGUCCAUCGACAGGAAGGGUAAGAUCGCAGGCUGUCCAGAGGGGGGCUUCUGGACCAUUUCCUUCUCUGAGGGUGAAUACACUGCUAUGACGGCCCCUCGCACACAGCUGAAUCUGAAAGGUCGGCUGGAGAGGGUUAGGGUACAUCUGGACUAUGACUCUGGAGAGGUCAGAUUCUCUGACUCUGUAGCUCUCACCCCAAUCUACACCUUCAAUGACCAUUUCACUGAGAGGAUGUUUCCUUUCUUCUGCCCUGGGGCGAAUAUCAAUGGUAAUAACCCUGGUCCACUGAAGAUCUGCCCAGUCAAAGUGGCUGUGUGGAACAGCGCCACCUGGUGA